AGGUGGACAGACGGACAGAAAAGGAAAAGACAGACAGACAGACAGACAGCAGCAGAGAACCACAACCGUACUGUUGCAGUGUGUUGGUUUUAUUGACUGAUUUCGUUUCUGCUGUGAUUUUGAAACAGAACAGUUCUGGUUCGAACGUAACAGGUUAAUUUGAUUAAUUUGCCCGCACCAGUUGCCAGACCCAGCCGUAGAUAUGUCCAAUAAGUUUGACGCCUUGAAAAACAGUGACGAUAGUGGUGAAGAUGAUGUUGGCAAAGACCUACAAAGUGUUGAGAAAGAACCACUGCCUCCUCUAGUCAUUCCAGAAUCGGAUCAUAAGCUUCAGUUUGCUUACUGGCUAUGGUUCAGCCGAAGAUCUCCAGGCAAACAGGCAUCUCUUCAAAGCUAUGAUCAAAAUCUUAAGCUCAUUGGUCGUUUUGGCUCAGUUGAACAGUUCUGGGCUCUUUACAGUCACUUAGUACGGCCCUCUGAACUUCAAAGCCAUAGUGAUUUCCACCUUUUCAAAGUUGGCAUCAAACCUAUGUGGGAGGAUGAGGCAAAUCAGCGAGGGGGUAAAUGGAUUGUACGUCUACGGAAAGGUCUGGCAUCCCGUUGCUGGGAGAAUUUAGUGUUAGCCAUGUUAGGAGAACAAUUCAUGGUUGGUGAAGAAAUCUGUGGGGCUGUUGUUUCCAUUCGAUUCCAGGAAGAUAUAAUAUCAGUCUGGAAUAGAACAGCUUCAGAUCAAGGCACAACAGCAAGGAUCCGUGAUACCCUGAGACGAGUGUUAAAUCUCCCUCCUAACACAAUUUUGGAAUACAAAACUCACAAUGACAGCCUCAAGGACAAUUCUAGCUUCCGCAACACAGAUGUUUUUACAAGAAAUCCAUCGUCUGCCUUGAUGUAAUUACUGUUGGUCAGCGAAUCUUUUUUGGUACUUAAAGUAUUUCUAAAUCAGCAUCAAGGUGUGUUAUCAUCUUUUUGCUCUAAGAGACCCCAUGUGCCUGAUAUUAAGCAGUUUACUGUUUUAGUAAAAAGUGUGGACUUGUGUAUCAUAAAGAAUCAUGUUUGUUAUGCAAUAUUGAAUGUGACUUGAAAAUGAAACAUUUCAUUGUAAUGUAUAUUUGUUACCAAACUAUGCAAAUCAAAGUGAACUAAAGCUCAAAUAACUCUC